CGCCCAGUCGUCAAACCAAGCCUCACGCGCAGCUUCGCCUUCCACUUUUCCGUGACUUGCCUGUUCCAACUUUUUCAACAUUCCACAAUCAUCGCCAACCGGGCCCAUCAAACCGACCAGUAAACAAGAUGCCCGUGGUAAAAGGAGGUGUAUGGACGAACAUCGAAGAUGAAAUUCUCAAGGCGUCCGUCAGCAAGUACGGGCUGAACCAGUGGGCGCGUGUCUCGUCGCUCUUGGCCCGGAAAACACCAAAACAGUGCAAGGCAAGAUGGAACGAGUGGCUCGACCCCAGCAUCAAGAAGAUCGAGUGGAGCAAGGAGGAGGAUGAAAAGUUGUUACAUUUGGCAAAGUUGAUGCCCACGCAAUGGCGCACCAUCGCCCCGAUUGUCGGCCGCACUGCCAACCAGUGUCUCGAACGCUACCAGAAGCUCCUCGACGAAGCCGAACAACGAGAAGCCUCGUCCCUCGGUCUGACCGGUCCCGAUGGAGGAGAAGCCCAGGCACCAUCCGCCGAUGAUGUUCGUCGUUUACGCCCUGGCGAGGUGGAUCCCGAUCCUGAAACGAAGCCUGCCCGACCCGACACCAUCGAUCUCGACGAGGACGAGAAGGAAAUGCUGAGCGAGGCGCGCGCCCGUCUUGCCAAUACACAGGGCAAGAAGGCCAAGCGCAAGGCCCGUGAACGACAGCAGGAGGAGUCCAGACGGCUGGCAGCGCUUCAGAAACGACGAGAGCUGAAAACGGCCGGCAUCAACAUCAAAGUGACAACAAGGAAGAAGGGGCAGAUGGACUAUAAUGCCGAUAUUCCGUUCGAAAAGAAGGCUGUCCCUGGAUUCUACGAUACGACUGAGGAGAUUGCGCGCAACGAGUGGCAGCGAGCCCAUUUUGACCCCAAGAAGCAGCAAGUUGGCAACAAGCGGAAGGGGGAGGGCGAUGAGGAGGGUGAAAGGAAGCGAAAAAAGAAUGAGGGGCCCUCGCAGUCGAUGCAGGCAGCGCUCAAGGCUGGUCAGAUGCAGAAGAUGCGCGAGGCAGAGCAGAGCAGCAAGAGGAGAGCGCUAGUGCUUCCAGCCCCUCAGGUUGGCGAGAGUGAGUUGGAGGAAAUCGUCAAGAUGGGCAUGAUCGGAGAAAGGGCAAGCAUGAUGGCUCGCGAGAGCGACAAUGAUGCCACCCGCGGCUUGGUUGGCAACUACACAACGCUCAACACCAACGCGCCGAUCAGAACACCUCGAGCUCCCGCGCAAGAAGACCACAUCGCGAACGAGAUCCGGAACAUUAGAGCCUUGACUGAGACGCAGUCAUCUCUGUUGGGUGGUGAGAACACCCCUCUCCAUGAGGGUGCAGGUUCAACCGGGUUCGAAUCGGUAGCGCCACGGAGGCAGGUGAUAGUCACGGAAAACCCGCUGGCAACCCCUUUCCGGUCGGUCGCGAAUGGGGUCGGCGCUACUCCAGCCAGGGUUGGCCAAACUCCUCAUCGCACGCCUCGCGAUAGCUUCGCGCUGAACGCCAACGAUGAUGAAAUGUCCAUGGUUGGAGGAACCCCUAACGACGCCAGACUGCGCGAUCUAUCUCUCCGACACCAACUCAAGGAGAGACUUGCCGCCCUUCCCAAACCCAAGGAAACUGAUUGGGAAUUGGAACUGCCGGAUGAGCAACAGGAGCCGGCUGUUGCGCAGGAGACGGAGGAGGAUGCGGCAGAGCGAGAUCGCAGAGAGCGGCAGAUCCGCGAAGCCCGCGAGUACUUGGAGCGCAAGAGACGGACCCAGGUCAUGCAAAGGGACUUGCCAAGGCCAGUAUAUGUAGACUGGAAAGCUACAUUCGCAGAGCUGAGCAAGAGUGACGAGAGUGAGGUGGAGAAGCUGGUGGCGAAGGAAGCAGCCCUGUUGAUGGCACAUGAUGCGACCAAAUACCCACUUCCAGGGGCGCCACCAAACGUGAAGCCGGUGGAUAUCGCCCGUUUGGAAGAUGAUUCUCUAGAAGAGGCUCGCCUUCAGAUUCUCAUGGAGAUGAGGGAAAAGCCGAAGCCGGAGGCUGUCCAGGCAGUGUACAACAGGAACAAUACCAACGCCCUGUUGCUGGGUCUUGGGUGCUAUGACGAUGAGGAUGACAGCGAGGAGGAGCAAAAUAUUGCCAUCAUGCGAUCGGCACUGGACACUGCUAUCGACGCCUUGAUUGCUUCCGCAGAGAAGGGCAAUAAACUGGAAAAGAAGUUGAAUCUGCACUUGGGCGGGUACAAGAACCGGGCCGGGAUGCUGCGCAAGAAGAUUGGGGAGGCCCACGAGGCUUUGGAAAAGGCCAGGGCUGCGCUGAGUGGGUUCAAGGUCCUGCAAACAUCAGAGGAGGCCGCGAUUCAAAGACGUCUUGGAGCUCUCAGGGCCGAGGUUGCAUUUGUCAGCACCAGGGAGAGAGAGGCACAGGAGCAGUACCGGAAGAUGAGAGCUGAGCUAGAGGAGCUGACUCUGAAUGGAGGGAGGAUCAAUGGGCAUUAGAAGAUGGACCACAGCAAGACAAUAAUGUAUAGAUAACAGGCAUAUCAGCAUGUGUCAUGGCCAUGAGACAAGACGCGACUCAAAACGGAGUUUCCAUAGUAUCAUCUGUUGGGUUAGGGUUGGGCAAAAAUGAAAUGCAGGGGCAUGCAAUGAGCAGAUUAAGAGACGAGCUUAAACACUC